AUGAUUGUAGAAGGAAAUAUUACAGAGAUCACCCAGUUCAUCCUCCUGGGAUUCUCAGAUUUUCCCAGAAUCACAGCGCUGCUCUUUGUUACAUUCCUGCUCAUCUACAUUACAGGUCUGGCUUGGAACCUGUCCCUCCUCGGGUUAAUAAGCCUGGAUUCCCACCUGCACACACCCAUGUACUUCUUCCUCAGUAACCUGUCCUUUAUAGAUCUCUGCUAUGUCAGCUCUACAGUGCCCAAAAUGCUCUCCAACUUCUUCCAGGAGCAGCAGACUAUCACCCUCAUGGGUUGUGUUUUUCAGUAUUUUAUCUUUUCUACCAUGGGGCUGAGUGAAUCUUGUCUCAUGACGGCCAUGGCAUAUGACCGGUAUGCUGCCAUUUGUAACCCACUCCUCUAUUCCUCAAUCAUGUCACCCAAUCUCUAUGUUCAAAUGGUGCUGGGAUCCUACAUGGCUGGACUCACAGGUUCUUUGUCUCAGAUAUGUGGUUUGGUUCAGCUCCACUUCUGUGGCCCCAAUGUCAUCAGACACUUCUUCUGUGACAUGCCCCAGCUGCUAACUCUAUCCUGCACUGACACUUUCUUCAUUCAAGUCCUGACUGCUAUAUUAACAAUGAUCUUUGGGAUUGCAAAUGCUCUAGUUAUCAUGAUUUCCUAUGGCUAUAUAAUCAUGUCCAUCAUGAAGAUACCAUCAACUACAGGCAGAUCCAAGGCAUUCAACACCUGCGCUUCUCACCUGACAGCAGUUUCCCUCUUCUAUAUUUCCAGUAUUUUUGUCUAUUUGACUUUCAGCUCUGGUGGCUCCUCCAGCAUUGACAGAUUUGCAUCAGUCUUCUACACUGUGGUGAUCCCCAUGUUGAAUCCCUUGAUUUACAGCCUGAGGAACAAGGAAAUCAAAGAUGCCUUCCAGAGGUUGCAGAAGAAGCUUGUCCACUGCUAA